UUUUCACUCAAGAUGGAGAUUUCAAAAGUUUUGAAAAUGAUACAAUAAAACUAUCAGCUAAAGAAACAAAAGGGACUGGUUUGGGUGUUAGAACCAGUUUUCCUAUCUUUUAAAUUUUUAAUUUUAAAACAUAGCUUCGGGUCCGGUAACCAGCGUGUUGAGUUCGGUGGGACUUUCGAGAAACGGGCCCCAGGACCUCUCAGUCAUCAACAACAGGUACGUACCUUUUUGAGUCUAAUAAGUAAACAAGACUGUCGGUGUUGGUUGUCAUUGCGCAAGUGGAAUUUUUUCUACAAACUUUUGAAAGUUGUCGAGCUCGUGUGUUAAGCACCACUAAUGGGUGGAUCUCUUUCGAGAAGUCCAAAGCAGAAGUCCAAGAAAAAAGCUGAAAGGGAUGGAUCGAGCGAUCGACCAAAAAAAAACGCCAAAGCUGUCAAAGAUAAAAAGAAUGACAAACAGCCGGGGCAGGCUGAAAUGACAGGUCAAGCAACUCUCGAGAUGGAAAGGAAAGAUAGUAAGAUAUUUUGGAUUUCGCAUGUGUCGAAGAGAACUAAUUCUCGAGACGAUAUUAAGGCACAGACAUUGGUGGACAGCAAAGCAAUUUCCAAACCAACAGGGGAGCUAAGUUACCAACAGGGGAAACACAGUAGCAAGCAAAAACUUGUUGUGUCAGGUCCGAAGAAGAAAAGUAAAGGGAAGAGCUCUAAUGGUGCGGAUUCAAAUGGUCACUUGUGUGAAAAGAAAGACAAUAGCGGGGUAUUGAACGGUUCAUGUGCCUUCGGGGAAGAAAAACAAGAUCUGGAGGACUCGAAUUCCAGUGUAGUCCCGCAAUCUCCAGGUCUGCUUCCAGGGCAGACAAGCGGGAGCAUUGAUGCAUCAAAUUUUAUCUCUGUAAAUGAACUGUAUAACUAUUUCUGGGAUGGAGCUCAAAACUAUAGCAUCUUCGAUCCUUCUUAUAUGCUUCUCGUAGACGCUAGACCUCGAUCCGAAUACGAACGAGGUCAUAUAAUUUUGGCGCACUGUGCGGCAUCUUUGUACAAUGACUUGCUCACUUCCUCCACAUUUGGGUUUAAUUACAUGGUCAAUGGUGGUGAACAAGCCAUUGCGAACAGUCUCAGCGAGUAUACUCAUUUGAUUGUGUAUGGGAAUACUGUGUCAGACACUAGAAGUGAAGAUCUGCCCGAAAUAAAACUCAUGAGAGAACUGAUGAAUUAUGAUUUGGUUGAGCCUUUGUUGUUAGCUUCUGGAUUUGACAGUUUCAAUCAAGCUUGGCCUUUCAUGUGCACAACAAGAGAACUUACCGUCCGGCAUCACCAUUCAGAAAUCACACCGUAUCCAUCCCUCAUUUUGGAAAACCAGCUCUAUUUAGGCAAAGGGGUGCAAGCGACCAAUGAGAAGAUAUUGUUGGACCUCAAGCUCACGCAUAUUGUAAAUAUUGGUAGCGAACACUCCUCGCCUUUCACUGAUCACAUUCACUAUCUGAACAUAAAGCUUGAUGAUAGUCCUUCUAGCGAUUUAAAACUUUAUUUUGCAAAGGCAUAUCACUUCAUUGAUGAUGCCUUGUCAACUGGUGGGUGCAUUCUUGUGCAUUGCAAUCUUGGGGUAAGUCGCAGCUCAACUGUUGUCAUUGCAUAUCUGAUGAAGUCAAGAGAAUGGAGCCUUAAAAUGGCGUAUGACUUUGUCAAGGAUAGAAGACAAUGCAUUCAGCCCAAUCGUGGAUUUUUACAGCAACUUGGUGACUGGGAGCAAAGUGUUUUAGGACGUAAGCAUACAAAUCCUGAUGAUUUGUGGUUUUAGUGGCAACAAUUUUUUUUAUUUUAGGAGACCUAAAGAAUAUUUUUCAAGGGUAUGUUUCCAAGGAUGUACACUGACUGCAAAGUUGAUAUUCUUAAAUUGAUGUGAUAUAGCUUGUAUAAUAGAUGUAAAAUAGAUGUAAAACUAGAUAAGAUUGAUUUGCAUACUGUAAAAAUAAACUAUAAGAUGCUUUUUAAUAGCAGAUAAGAUACUUUUUAGCACUGUAACCCUCCAAAAAUAGAAUAUGUAGUAAUUAUUGCACAAAUUUGCUGUCCUUUUUGCUCACUAUAUUGCUGUAUUUAUUGUUGGGUCUGUACAUUUUUUGUCAAGGAGCUGAAAAUGGUGUCUUGGUUUUGUAACAACUGUGGCUGCUUUACUGAUCAGCUUAUUUAAAUAUGUUGUGAUUUGAUUGAUGCAUUUGGAUUUGAAAAAUUUUGAUAUGCAUAUCGUACCUACUGUUAUCACAGAGGUUCCUAAUAAUUCAUGUUACUAUAACAUUUCAAACUAAAACCAAUUUUCAAUCACAACAUGAAAAGAAACUGCAUGUUUGUAAAUUUAUUUAAAACGAGUUGAGUUGAAGUUGUAUUUAUUAACUUGAUAUGUAGAGAUCAUGAUAAAGCAAUCGUUUUGAUUUCCUCUAAUAUGGAAACAGAUUUGAUAAUGUAUUUACUACUGUUGGUAGGCUUUGUGUGAAGUUAUUUUUAAAUCUUAGAGUUACAGGGACAGAGAAAUAAUGGUGUUUCUGUUUUAUUUUGUUCAUGAAUAUGUAUUACCUUGUCUGAGAA